CCCUUUAACCAGUAGCUAUCAUGAUUUCCCUUGCAGACGUCUACCAUGUCAUGGCAGCAACUAUCCCUUUAUAUGUUGCCAUGAUCUUAGCUUACAUCUCUGUCAAAUGGUGGAAGCUCUUCACACCAGAUCAAUGUUCAGGCAUCAACAAGUUUGUAGCAAGAUUCUCAAUCCCACUGUUGUCGUUCCAAGUGAUCUCUACAAACAACCCGUACAAAAUGAAUGUGAAACUUGUAUGUGCUGAUUUCGCUCAAAAAUUUUUUGCCUUUUUUGCAUUGGCAGUAAUCACAAAAAUCAGAUCUAGAGGAAACCUGAGUUGGAUCAUAACAGGGCUCUCUCUGUCAUCACUGCCUAACACUUUGAUCCUGGGAAUUCCAAUCCUGAGAGCCAUGUAUGGGGAUGAAGCAGCUAUGCUCCUUACCCAGAUAGUUGUAUUACAAAGCCUAAUUUGGUACAACCUAUUGUUGUUUCUGUUCGAGGUCAAUGCAAUGAAAGAAGCCUAUACAACACCACCAACUGAAGUUGCUGAGCUGGAGGCUCCACAAGAAGCACAACCAAAAGAAGGAGGGCAAGAAGAAAAAAUCACAACUCCUAGAAAAACAAAAAUUAUGCUUAUUCUUUUGACAGUGGGGAGGAAGCUCAUAGUCAACCCCAAUACUCAUGCAACCGUGUUAGGUCUUGUUUGGGCAAGCAUACGCUUCAGGUGGGGAUUGCAAUUGCCAAAAAUUGUUGAUCGAUCGAUAUCAAUAUUGGCAGAUGGAGGGCUUGGAAUGGCGAUGUUCAGCUUAGGUCUUUUCAUGGCAUCACAAGCUAGCAUAAUAGCAUGUGGAACCCGAAUGGCUGUAUUAGCCAUGGCAAUUAAGUUUGUUGGGGGUCCUGCCCUAAUGGCAGUGCCCGCCGUCGCUAUUGGAUUAAGAGGAACAUUGUUUAGAGUGGCAAUUGUUCAGGCAGCUCUUCCUCAAGGAAUCGUUCCAUUUGUAUUUGCCAAAGAGUAUAACGUACAUCCAGACAUCUUGAGCACCGGGGUAAUCUUUGGCAUGCUCAUCUCCCUGCCUAUAGCAUUGGCCUACUACUUUUUGCUUGCAUUAUAAGUCAAGGAAAGCACUAACAAUGGAUUGCUUAGAAGUUAUUAUUCAUAUUCGAAGUUCUUUCGCUAGCACUGAGAUAAAUUGUCUACCAAAAAAUAAAUAAAUGUAUCCUCCAAUAAAACAAUUUAACUUAUAUGAAUAUAUUCAUCUAAGUUUACUGCAUCUGUUUUGGAUUGUAAUGGAUGUUAAAGCGAUAGAUGCAAUACCUUGCAGGGAUGGAUAAAGUAUUCAUGUAAUCAUGCUGCUGUCCCUUGGCGCGUAAGAGAGACUAUUUAACUAUGUGCACAUUUCCAGCCAAAAAAAAAAAUCUAACAAUUCAACAAAUGAAUCAUGACAAUUACAAAAACUGAAUCAUAGAUUUAUCAGAUUAAACAAUUUAUUGUUACAACUAACACAGAAAAUCACUCUGCAUAUGAGGAAUGUCCUAAUCUAAGAAACACGGGCACUUCUAAGAAGGUGACGUAUCCGUGUCGUGUCCGUGUCAGACACCGACACUCUUUGGACACUCUUAGGACACAUGUCCAACACUUUUCAAAACGUAUCCUAUUUUUUAAAUGUUUUUAAAGACCCGGACACUCUUCGGAUAUUUGGAGAACACACGUGUCAAUCGCUUAAAUACACGUGUCUAUCGAUUAGACAUAUGUGAAACUAAUUAUAAGUUUAAACAAAACAACUUAAGAUACAAUAAUAAAACAAAAACUAUAUAAAUUUAUAAGAAUUGGUGUUAUGUUACAUUUUUUAUUAUCUUUGAAUGAUAUAUUCAUAUAUAUAACAUAUAAUAAAUAUAUAAAAUUAUAUAUUUCAUGCGUGUCCCCCACGUGUCGUGUCUUGUAGUUUUUUGAAAAUUAAUGUGUCGGCGUGUCCGUGUUGUAUUUGUGUCGUGUUACAUAUCCGUGUCCAUGCUUCUUAGGUGCUAAUAAAUUAGAAAGUAGUAAAUGAACAAUUUUUGUUACUAAAAGAAUGUACGCUAUUUGGUGUAAGCCUCACUUUCUCGUCGAUGAGCUAACCAUCAUUCAAAACAAUCUUCACAGCAUUUGAAAACUAUUAGAAAUAUCUAGCAAUC